UUCCGGAAAAUUAGCUUGGAUGAUUUGCGUAAAGCCUACAUUGUGAAGGACGUACAGCAGUAUAUCCUGUAUCGUCUGGACCAGGAAGAAGCAUUAAGACAACACCUGACUAAAGAAACAGCUGAAAUGUUAAACCAGCUCCAUAUUAAAAGCAGUGGCUGUUUUCUUUAUCUUGAAUGUGUCCUUGAUGGAGUGGUGGAAAGCUUUAUUAUGCUGCGAGAGAUUAGGGAUAUUCCAGGAACAUUGAAUGGACUAUAUCUUUGGCUUUGUCAAAGGCUUUUUGUGCGAAAACAGUUUGCCAAAGUGCAACCUAUUCUAAAUGUAAUUUUGGCUGCGUGUAGGCCAUUAACUACUUUGGAAUUAUAUCAUGCAGUGUGGACAAAAAACAUAACCAUGACAAUUGAAGAAUUUCAACGGAAAUUAGAUAUUUUAUCAAAGGUUCUCAUAGAUGGCUUGGGGAGCACUAAAAUUCUGUUUCAUUACAGUUUUGCAGAGUGGUUGCUUGAUGUGAAGCACUGCACACAGAAAUACUUAUGUAAUGCAGCAGAGGGUCACAGAAUGCUUGCCAUGAGUUACACAUGCCGUGCAAAAGAACUCUCCCCUUUGGAGGUACAAGAGUUUGCACUACACCUGCUUAAUUCUAACUUGCAGCUAGAACCACAUCACUUAGCCUUGUGGAUGAUCUGGAAUGGCACACCUGUGAAAGGAGCUUUGUCGACAAUAGUUCCUAAAGAGCAGGAAAUACUACAGCUUUUAGUAAAAGCAGGAGCUCAUGUGAACAGCGACGAUGACCGCACAUCAUGUAUUGUACGUCAGGCUCUAGAGAGAGAAGACUCUAUUCGAACUUUGCUAGAUAAUGGUGCUUCUGUUAAUCAGAGUGACUCAAAUGGAAGAACAUUAUUAGGUAGCGCAGCCUACAGUGGCAAUUUGGAUGUUGUUAACCUCCUGAUAUCUAGAGAUGCUGAUCUGGAAAUUGAAGAUAAUCAUGGACAGACAGCGCUUACGCUUGCUGCUAGACAAGGUCAUACAAAGGUUAUUAAUUGCCUCAUUGGACACGGUGUUAACAUAAAUCACACUGAUCAAGACGGCUGGACCGCAUUAAGGUCAGCAGCUUGGGGAGGACAUACGGAGGUGGUAUCAGCACUUCUCUAUGCUGGAGCUAAGGUAGAUUGUGCUGAUGCAGACAGUCGAACUGCUCUCAGGGCUGCAGCAUGGGGAGGACAUGAGGAUAUUGUUCUCAAUUUACUUCAGCAUGGAGCUGAGGUUAACAAAGCAGAUAAUGAAGGAAGGACUGCACUUAUUGCAGCAGCAUACAUGGGACAUAGAGAGAUAGUAGAACACCUGGUGGAUCACGGUGCAGAGAUCAAUCAUGAAGAUGUGGAUGGCAGAACAGCUCUAUCAGUAGCAGCGCUGUGUGUCCCUGCAAGCAAAGGUCAUGCAUCAGUGGUUAGCUUACUGAUUGACAGAGGAGCAGAAGUUGACCACUGUGACAAAGAUGGUAUGACUCCAUUGUUAGUAGCAGCCUAUGAAGGCCAUGUGGAUGUUGUUGAUUUGCUUCUUGAAGGAGGGGCAGAUGUGGAUCACACUGAUAACAAUGGUCGUACUCCUCUUCUGGCUGCUGCAUCCAUGGGUCAUGCAUCUGUUGUAAAUACCUUAUUGUUUUGGGGUGCAGCUGUAGAUACUAUUGAUAGUGAAGGAAGAACAGUACUAAGUAUAGCCUCAGCACAAGGAAAUGUAGAAGUGGUGCGGACUCUGCUGGACAGAGGACUAGAUGAGAAUCAUAGGGAUGAUGCUGGUUGGACUCCAUUACAUAUGGCUGCAUUUGAGGGUCACCGACAAGUAUGCGAAGCACUUAUUGAACAAGGUGCUAGGACUAAUGAGGUGGACAAUGAUGGUCGUAUCCCUUUAAUACUGGCAGGACAGGAGGGCCACUAUGACUGUGUACAGGUUAUGCUUGAAAACAAAUCCAAUGUGGAUCAGAGGGGUUACGAUGGUAGAAAUGCAUUACGUGUUGCAUCAUUAGAAAGUCAUCGUGACAUAGUUGAACUGCUCUUGAGCCAUGGAGCCGAUGUGAAUUACAAGGAUGCUGACAGCCGCCCAACAUUGUACAUUUUGGCACUUGAAAAUCAACUAGCAAUGGCUGAGUAUUUGCUAGAAAAUGGAGCAAAUGUGGAGAGCACAGAUGCAGAGGGGAGAACUGCUCUUCAUGUCUCCUGUUGGCAAGGGCACUUGGAAAUGGCCCAAACUUUGAUAAAUUACCAUGCUGAUGUCAAUUCUACUGAUAAUGAGAAACGAUCAGCUCUGCAAUCUUCUGCAUGGCAAGGGCACGUGAAGGUUGUGCAGUUACUAAUUGACCAUGGAGCAUUGGUAGAUCACACAUGCAACCAGGGUGCUACUGCUCUUUGUAUUGCAGCCCAGGAAGGACACGUAGAUGUUGUUCAGACAUUGUUGGAACACUCAGCGGAUCCAAACCAUGCAGAUCAAUUUGGACGGACUGCAAUGAGAGUUGCAGCAAAAGGUGGCCAUACACAGAUUAUAAAAUUAUUGGAGAAGUAUGGGGCAUCGAGUCUAAAUGGAUGUAGCCCUUCUCCAGUUCACACAAUGGAGCAGGCAGCCCCUCAGUCUGUCACUAUGAAAAUGCACUCUUUAACAAUUAAAUCAAAUAGCUCUGGCAGCACUGGUGGAGGAGAUCUGCAGUCUGCUAUGCGUGGUUUUUCUAAUGGUCCUCAACACCCUUUCAGUUCACCCUCUGAAUCUCCAGAUUCAACUGUUGAUCGACAGAAGUCCUCACUGUCUAAUAAUUCACUCAAGAGUUCCAAAAACUCAUCUUUACGUACAACAUCAUCCACAGCAACUGCACAGACUGUACCCAUGGACAGUUUCCAUGGCAUGUCAUUCACGGAGCAGAUACAGCAGCAUUCAUUACCACGCAGUCGAAGCAGGCAGUCUAUUGUAAGUCCCUCAUCUACUACACGAUCCAUAGGACAGCAUGCUAGUUCUCCAACUAGUGAAUAUGAGUGGGGACAAAUGAAACCCAAUGUGAGAUCUUCUAAAAGUGUUAAAACUGGACACAUUGAACCUAGCGAAGGUUCCACCAAAAUUGGUUCAUCUGGGAAGAGAUCAGCCCAAAACAAGCAAAACAACUGCCCUCAGCCAAAGGUUUUGGAAUAUGAAAUGACACAACUAGACAAACGAACAGCCAUAAAUAAAAUAGUACAGAAUAAUGCAGUGCCAUUAAAACAAGCACCACUUGAGUCACAAUGUAAGAUACUGAUUCCACACAGUCCACAGGAAACUUCAAGGGCUCAACAACAGUUCUUAAUACAGCAGCAUGGGGAACAAAAGAAAAGAAAUGGAAUAAUGACAAAUCCAAAUUAUUUACAAGGGAAUCCUGUUCUCCUGGGCAGGGUUGCAGUUCCAAAGAAUGAACAGGAGAAAGGACAUACUGAAUGUUUGGAAGGUUAUCCAUUAGCAGAGACUGAACUAAGUCUGAAGCAAGCCCUAAAAUUACAGAUUGAGGGGACAGACCCUAGUUUUAAUUACAAGAAGGAAACACCAUUGUAGCAGAGAAAAUCUAAUGGAUUUCAGUGAAGUGCAGCAAUUGGUUACCAUCAUACUUUGCUGCUGGAACACAAAAGACACUGAACCAAUUGCAGCCUCAGUGGAACAUCGGCCUGAUUUGAAGAAGUCACCCGAUAUCAGUCUUGAAAGCACAUUCGCUUUGUGAAAGCAGCAAUGGAGAAGUCUUACUACCGCAUAAAUGUUCAAUACAAAAUAACUGUGCCUAAAUUUAUGUCUGUCGUUAAGUAUAGCCAUUUAUAUGCUUUACAUAUUUAUUUGUGUUACUUUGUAAUUUCAUAACAAAAUAGUAGUUACAUCCCAACAACUGUUGCUAUUUUAUGAUGCAUUGAGGAGAAUUCAGCAUGCUGAAAGUGAAGUUAGAAUUUGAUUGAAAUCAACAGAAUAUUGAGAUUCUAAUUAAGCAAGGCUUUGCUGAUGUUCUCUGACGAAAGAUGUGAUCUGUGGAUUGUAGCAGAAUACGCACCACCUAUUGCUGUGGAUUCAGAUCUGCAUUUAUAGACUAAGUAUGCAUGGAACUUUUUCCCUGGACCCAUUAAGUUGUUUUGAUAAGAUGACAUUACAGAACAUCCACAUAAAACUGAAAAUGAUUUUGAAACUGAAUUAGUCUAAUACUUAUUUUGUUUUCUGUUAUGCAGUGUUGGAUUCAUAAACACAUAUACAAAGGGUGACCUCAGGUCAAGUACAAAUUUUGAAGGGAGAUUUUUUUAUUCUUAAUGGAAGUUGGAUGUACAAAUUAUAGUGGAGUACAACAGCAUACGUUGAUUUCUGUGCGUGUGGUUUUCUUUCCUGUUGAAGAAAGAGACAGAAUGCAGCCAGCUAUGUAACAUGCUACAGAAAAGCUGGUUGCUUGCUGUACAUUUGUGACUUUUUGUGUAAGCUAAAAAGAUGUAAGGUGGUGAAGAUAUAGAUGGCAGGACAACUGUGAUGUAGUGCAUGGUCAUACUUAGACAUGAGCUGAUUCCAAGGCCAAAUCAAUAUAUGUUUUGUAUAUGAGUAAUAAGCAUAGCCUCAUAUGGGAAAAGUUAGAGAAGCUUGUAUUCCAGUACAGUAUUUUUGUCCCUGUGGGACUAUUGUCUGAUCAACAGACUGCAGUUUCAGAUUUUGGAAGUGUUGACUUUGCCUCUGCAGGCUUGAUCAUGUUAUUGCAUCCCCGAAUUCUAAACAGAGCCCAGGUAGGAGUAAUAAACACAUACAGCUUCAUCAUGGGCAGCAUUUGUGUUUAUUACUCAAAAAGAAUGUACUUGAAGUUUCAAAUGAUCCCUGCAGCCUUUCUUGUUAAUUAGGUUUUAUAAAUGCCUUCCUUAUUAUCAUACUGAUUAGCCAGUUGUCAGAUUUAUUCAUAAGGUGCUAAAAUUUUCAGAGAAUAUGACUCAGUUUGGAGUUUUGGAAGUUAUUGUUUGGUUUUGAACUCAUUAGAAAUAUGAUUUGUUUAAUUUCCCUGCAAUGCAGAUGCUGUAAAGAGAAAAUUCCCAGAUUGGUGUCAUGAGUAAGUAGUAUGUUGAGUCUGUAUCUCAAAUCACCAGGCUUUGGGUGGAAUGAGUUGAGGGGUUAGCACAAAGGGCUAAUUAAAUUGCUUGAAACAUAAAAGCUUGAAGAGUUAAAAAAAAAAAUUGUUCUUGUUUUGGGCCUGAACUUCUGAUUUAGCCAUAUAAUCAUCUAUUUGAUUCUAUUUAACUAAAAAUAUCCAAAGUAAUUUGUUGAUUCAGUUGAAAGAAAAGCAGCUGAGUGUUACAAGUGGCCAUGUGCCCUCCAAUCAUGUUCUCCUAUAUUUAACUCCAGGCAGGAUUUGAAUUCUGUAUGUUUGUAUUUUUUUUUGAUUAGUUUUGUUUUGCUAUGCAAAUCUAUUUUGUUUAUUCAAAUAGUCACUUAACUGCAUUUCAGUUAGUUAGAUUUACACUUAAAUCCUUUUUUUGUAUUUGGUUGUAAAUAGCUUUAAUGUACAUUGAAUUUUGCAUUGUAAGAUUUUAUUUUAUUUCUUGUAUUAUAUUGAGCAAAAAUUCCUGUGUAUAGUAAAGUGCUUAAUAAAUAUAUUUGCUUUUCA